ACUGAAGACGAUGAUGACCGCGUCCACCCAGCUGCUGAACUGUAGCCCGGAGUCACAGGUGAGAAAUGAACAGAGAUGGCAGGAUGUCUGAGUGUACUAAAACUACAGCACAGAAACCCACAGCCGGAAUCCACUGACCAGACAACUGCUUUCAGACACGUGUCUGAUAAAAAAAGAGAUUAAAGAGCUGUAUACCAUAACACGAGAUUCAACUGAACACACAGGGGAAGGUAGCCUGGGGGAAAUGACUAUACACUGACGGACAAUCCAAGUAUCCAAAUGAUGGUGCCAGGAGCCUAUAGGAAUGAGUUGGUGGGUCUGCUGCUGAUUGGUGUAGCAGCAUGGGGGAAGGGCUUUGGGAUCGUAUCGAGCAUCCACAUCAUCGGAGGCGUGAUCGCCGUGGGCUUCUUCCUGCUGCUUAUCGCCAUCGUGGGCCUCAUUGGAGCCGUCCAUCACCACCAAGUCAUGCUUUUCUUUUAUAUGGUCAUUCUGUUCAUAGUGUUCCUCUUCCAGUUUGGUGUGUCCUGUUCCUGCCUGGCCAUGAACCAAGGACAGCAGCAGACGCUGCUGAACUCCUCGUGGUUUAUAAUGAGCAAUGUGACGAGGAAUGACCUGGAGUACAAGCUGCAGUGCUGCGGCCUUUUCAACAACACUAAGGAUCAGGACCACUUUAUUAAAGAUGUGGCUGCUUGUCCUGUUGUUUGUAAAUCGACCUGCAUCACCUGCGGUUCUAAAAUGCUCGAGCACGCUUCUGAGGCCCUGAGGAUUCUGGGAGGAGUCGGCCUGUUCUUCAGCUUCACUGAGAUUUUGGGAGUUUGGCUGGCCAUGCGCUACAGGAACCAGAAGGACCCGCGGGCGAACCCCAGCGCUUUCUUAUAGUCUCCCGUCCUGCUUCCAGUCCCACAAUGCAGUAGCGUAGACGAGCGAUUCCAAUUCCCUUUACACACUUUAGAACGGAACAUACCUAGAGGCACUCGAGGCAUUCAGCACGGACUUCAAACCUGACGCAGAAUAACACCCAGAAUUUGCACAUCAGCAUGCCGGACUCAAUACACCUCCUCACAGACCUGUACAGUUCGAAGGGUUCUCUUUCUGAAGGUGGCGGAGAGUUGGAAGAAUAUUUUAAAGAGAGAAAAGCAAAGCAAGUCUCCAGUUUCCACUGUAGAAUCUGACCAAUAUUUUUAGUCUCCUCCUCUAAAAGCGAACGCAGGGGUCGUGUGUCUGAAAGAGAGGAAGCUGGACGUGUCUCAUGUAUGAUAGGAUGAUAGGAUUGAUGUUUGUAAUGUUAUUGGUUCGAACUUCGCGGUACCACCCCAUCCUUGAUUUGAGAAUUGCGUCCUGGACUGUGUGUGCCAGCUUGAGUCAGAGAUAAAGGCGUAAAAGCGUAAAGACGUCGGUAUCUGCAUGCUUGUAGCCAUAACCUACAGAGGUCUACAGCUGUCUCGUGAUUUUUAUGUAAAAAUGGCUCUUCUUCACACAGCAGAUCAAUCAGUGCUAGUCCUCACCUGCUCCCUUUAUAUUAUUUAUAUAUAGUAGCUUUAGCGUGGAUCCGUAAAUCACUACACUGAUUAGCUCUUAGUUUUAAAGCAUCAUGCCAGGUUCACACUGCACAAUUUUAGCCCAGUUUUUCAUUAAUCAGCGAUGUAAAAAUAUCUGCUCUGAGGGAAAUUGGAGAUCUCGUGGCGUUAUUGGGUGUAAACUAACGAAAGACAUUCACCGAUUUAUCGCCAACAAGUUGUAGACGCCAGCCAAAUAUCUAGCAUGCUUAAUAUCUGAUUCAGUCUGUGACCGGGAGUCAAGAGCAGCAACUAACUACAGCCAAUGUGAUCACGUAGAAAAGAGAAAGAGAAACACCCAGAAAGUUCAAAACUCAUCAUCUGCACGACCAGAGCUAAACGUUUAUAAAGAGUCUGUUAUAAAACACUUUCUGUUUUAUAUAUUGUUAGAUCAGUAAACUACCGUUAAACUCUAGAGGGCGCUGACGAGUGAAUCCUCUAUGAAUGGGGGGUGAAUGGAGCUGAAAGCUUACAACUUUAAAUUAAAAAUAAAAUUAAACUACUUAAAGUUCUGAGUAUUUCUUUAAUUUUAGUAAGUAGAAUAAUGUAUUUAACUAAAAAAAAAAAGUGCCUGUAUAACAGGUUUUAGUCAGUAAAGAUGAGUUUAAUUCCUCUAAAAAUUAUGUCUGUGGUACCUGAGACAUUUGAUAUAGUUCUGUGUUGAGGACAGUGUAGAUAAUUCAGUAUAAAAUUGAUCAGAAAUGUAUAAACUCUGAUUUUGCUUUGUUGCUUCAUAUGAACCCAUUCAUUUUGGACUCACUUUAAGUGCGUAUUCACCUCAAUAGAGAUCCUCUGGUUUGACAUCGCUAGUUCUCGUGUGAGUUUAGUUCUGGUUUGUUCUUGUGACGAAAUAUCUUUCUGUAGAGCAGCCAGGUGAGUCUGCGAUUUCCAACUGUGAAAAAUCGUGUAAUUAGUGAUCCUGUUCUUAAAAUCUCAACAAGUGAAAAACAACCGGUGGUGUAGUGUGAACCUGGCGUUAGUUCCAGGCCUCUGUUAGUACUGGUCUAUCUAAUACAGAGUGUAAUAAUCUGUAAUCCAUGUGCAACAUCCAAUCAGAAGCUGGUUUAUGCGAUAAACUUAUGUGCGCUUUCGAGACGUGUCUUGGCGAGGUGUUUCCAGAUGUUUUGGGGGUUUUAGUUUAGAUAUUUAGAGGUUUUUAGUGUAUAUUUAAGAACCUUGUGUACCUGAGCCACGUGGAUGGAGUGAUUUCCCUCUGCCAGCGGACUGCAGCCCUCAUUCUUUUUGUUGGUUGUUGUGUUUCGUUGCACACUUCUCACCUUUUCCACGCCUUCCCUGGUUCACCUUUGCUUAAACCAGACGAAGCUUACCUGUGACCGGGGUUCGGUCUGCACUGGAAUUUUAAAAGGAGUAGUUUGGAAAAUCUUGAUUUGAUUUGGUUUUUAAAGUGUUUUACAUCUUCUGCCUCAGAUACAGUCAAUCACCUAAGAAUAACGAUAUAUUAUGCUAUAUGUUAACUUCACCUAAAGCCCCCUUUCUGGACAGGAUUAGUUUCUCAGGGGGAUUCUGGGUAAUUUUCUCUUUUAUGGGGGUUUUUAUCCUCUGUGAUUUUAUUCCCGUCCAGAACGAUCAUGUACGUGUUUUUCUCAGACGUCCUCUUGGCUGAAUUAUCUACUGUUUUUCCUUGAAAAAUCUAAAUUUAGAAGAACUCUUAGUAUAAAAACACACUAUUAUAUCAUAUAUAAAAUCAAAAUAUUUUUUUCAUGUUAUGAGUAUAGUCAGCCCUAAUGACAGACAAAAUUAAGCACUGUCUGAUACCAACUUUUACAUUAAAACUAAUAAUUAAAAAUCAAUAUUGUUUUUGAUAUACAUUUAUUUAAAUAAACUAAAUAUUGUGAUUGUGAUUGACUUUAAUAUAUUGGUAUUUUUUUACAGUCUGGAAUGUGCUUCUAUAGUUUGGAGCUGGAGAUGCUAAGCUAGGCUAAUGUUGCUGAAAUAUUAAUGAUUGUCUGCAUCUGAGGUAAGAAACAAAUCAUAUUAACAUUAUUAUUUUUUUUUUUUUACCAAACUAUUUCAUGUUUUUCUUCACUUAACACUUUUUUUGUUUAUCGGUAUUACUCAUUUGUGUUUAAAUCCUUUUUUGUAUGGGAUUUAGAAAUAUUGUGACGUCUAUGCUUCAGUGUGCUGCGUCUUCUUUUGGUGCCAUCGGUUUAAUUUUGUUUACUCAACUUUUAAUGUUCAUCUCCUUAUUUGUUUGCCUCUUUUGUAAAAGCGAAGCUGUCUGUGCUUUAUCUUCAUAACUUAAGCUUAUCAGAAUUUCUUAAUUUCAGUGUUUUGCCAAAUUUGACAAGGCGGUUUGUUUGUAAAGGGUAAGAAAGCAUUUCAUGGAACUGGAUAAGGGGUCCCUCACAUUCUGUAGGAACUUUAUUUCUUCAGCGUGUUCAUUUUGUUUUUGCCAAAUUACUGUUUAAUAUGGAAGCCCAUUUCCGCCACCUGAAGAAAAAAAAACGUCCUCAACUAAGUCAUAAUUAUGAGAUAGAAAGUCAUAAUUAUGAGAUGACUUUUUAUCUCAUAAAUAUGACUUACUAUCUCAUAAUUAUGACUUACUAUCCCAUAAUUAUGACUUUUCUAUCUCAUAAUUAUGACUUAGUUGAGGACGUUUUUUUUUCUUCAGGUGGCGGAAAUGGGCUUCCAUAGUUUAAUCACACUGUGCUACGAUUUUUUAAGUUUUGCACAAUUUUCUCCUCUUGCGUUCAAAGUAUUGUUGCCAUUCUUUUUGUUUGUUAAAUCAUUUUCUGCCCAUAAGAAAGAUAAGUUAUUUGUUUGUAUGUAUUGUAAUGUAGGUAGUCAUGAAUUUCUAAUCGAAUCGAUCUCUCUCUCUCUGUUUUGCCUUUAUUUAGUUAGCAUUUUAUUCACCCAUUUUUGCCUCCUAAAUUCUCCUACAUGCUUUAAUCCGGGUGAAUUUCUAGCCAUGCAGAAUUAUCCACUGUGUGGUGGAUGCUUUUGUUUCAAGUCUAGAUUUUAAAAGCUUAAAAUCUCACGUUACUUACGAUAAAGAUGCACUGAAUUGAAUUGUCGUUACUCUAUUAUUACUGGUACUGUGUGUUCUGACAAGGUAUUUCCAUUCCUCUUAUUAAAAUAUUGCAGUUGUGUAAACGUUUAACUAGUUAUUUAACUUCAGAGCAAGCCAUGUCCUAACUAUUGGAACUCUGUAUGCACCCCUGCACCCUCUUCUGGACUUUUGUUGUAUUUUUGAAACUUUUUGUUUUUCCAAUUAAAACAUCUUGGAGCAAAAUA